AUGGCGGUUGGCUUCCGUAACCAUUUCAGCCUUGGAAGCUUGAUGGAGCCUUCGCUCAUCUUCGUGACCAUCUUCGUGACCAUCUUCAUGACCAUCUUCGUGACGGAUGGUUUGAGCGUCCGUGUGGGGCAAGGGACGACAGACAGCGUGCCUCCAUUGCCUUGGAACGUUGAGCGCGCGGCUGCCCUGAGGGCCGCCGGCAGGCUCCGUGACCCGUGCCGCCAGCCCCGGCCCCCAGGGAGGCUCGCCCCCGGGGAGGCGGAGGGGCCACGCCGCGUCCUCCGAGGGGACUCGGGCCCAGCCGGCCCCGACGGGGUGGGUGGUAGCGGGGUCGUGCGUUCGCAGGGCGACCCGAGGCUCGCUCUUGGUGUGACCGACAAGAGGGGCGACCCCGAGGCUUACGAGGGGGUCCGGCCGACGGGGACGUCCCGCGCGGCGUCCGGUGCCAAGUUUGCACCUGAGUGCGGCGCCGGCCAGGCCGGAAAAGUUGGGGUGGUUUCCGGGCGCCCCCUACCCCUCCGCGCUGCGUUUCGGGGGCGGGAACCCGAGGGGCGCAUCCGGGCCACCGUGGCCGAGCGCGGGCCCCUGGGGGCCGGGGCCGGCGGGGACCCCGCAGACGCUCGGGCCACCCGGGAUUUGGCGUGCCUUAAACUGCAGCAGAACCCUCCACGCCUCGCUCGGGUUAUGUAUGAUUUUGCUGCUGAACCUGGAAACAAUGAACUGACAGUAAAUGAAGGAGAAAUCAUCACCAUAACAAACCCGGACAUUGGCGGAGGAUGGCUGGAAGGAAGAAACAGCAAAGGAGAGCGGGGGCUCGUGCCCACAGACUACGUCGAAAUUUUACCCAAUGAUGGAAAAGAUCCGUUUUCUUGUGGAAAUUCAGUGGCUGACCAAGCCUUCCUCGAUUCCCUCUCCGCAAGUACAGCUCAAGCCGACUCGUCUGUUGCUAACAACAACAACCAGGUCAGUGGUAGCAACGACCCCUGGUCCGCCUGGAAUGCAUCCAAAUCCGGGAACUGGGAGGGCACUGACGGUUGGAGCGCCAAGCCUGAAGGUGCCGCCGCCCAAAGAAACGCCUCCAAUAACUGGGACGCUGCCUUUGGCCAUCCUCAGGCCUACCAAGGACCAGCAACCGGUGAUGACGAUGAGUGGGAUGAAGACUGGGAUGACCCCAAGUCGGCAUCACCCUACUUUAAAGAUUCAGAGUCCGCUGAAGCAGGGGGUGCUCAUCGAGGGCGGGGUGGAGCAUCCUCCAUGAAGCUGCCACUAAACAAGUUUCCUGGAUUCGCAAAACCUGGACUAGAACAAUAUCUGUUGGCCAAGCAACUAGCAAAACCCAAAGAGAAGAUUUCCAUCAUUGUUGGCGACUAUGGCCCAAUGUGGGUUUAUCCUACCUCUACAUUCGACUGUGUGGUAGCAGAUCCCAGAAAAGGUUCCAAGAUGUACGGUCUGAAGAGCUACAUUGAGUACCAGCUCACACCCACUAACACAAAUCGAUCCGUCAACCACAGGUAUAAGCACUUUGACUGGUUAUACGAGCGUCUUCUGGUGAAAUUUGGGACAGCGAUUCCAAUCCCUUCUCUUCCAGAUAAGCAGGUCACAGGUCGCUUUGAGGAAGAAUUCAUCAAAAUGCGCAUGGAGAGACUGCAGGCCUGGGUGACCAGGAUGUGCAGGCACCCAGUCAUCGCAGAGAGUGAGGUCUUCCAGCAGUUCCUCAACUUCCGGGACGAAAAGGAGUGGAAAACCGGAAAGAGGAAGGCUGAAAAAGAUGAGCUGGUGGGAGUUAUGGUAUUUUCCACCAUGGAACCUGAAGCCCCAGACUUGGACUUACUGGAAAUAGAGCAGAAGUGUGACGCCGUCAGCAAGUUCACCAGAGCCAUGGACGACGGCGUAAAGGAGCUGCUGACGGUGGGCCAUGAGCACUGGAAGCGGUGCACGGGACCAUUGCCCAAGGAGUACCAGAAGAUCGGGAAGGCCCUGCAGAGUCUAGCCGCCGUGUUCAGCUCUAGCGGUUAUCAAGGAGAGACCGAUCUCAAUAAUGCAAUAACAGAAGCAGGAAAAACUUACGAAGAAAUUGCCAACCUCGUGGCAGAACAGCCAAAGAAAGAUCUCCACUACCUGAUGGAAUGCAAUCAUGAAUACAAAGGCUUUUUAGGCUGCUUCCCUGACAUCAUUGGCGCUCACAAGGGAGCAAUAGAAAAAGUGAAAGACAGUGAUAAACUCGUUGCAACUAGUAAAAUCACCCCACAAGACAAGCAGAACAUGGUGAAACGUGUUGGCAUCAUGUCUUACGCGUUACAAGCGGAGAUGAAUCAUUUCCACAGUAACCGGAUCUACGAUUACAACAGUGUCAUCCGCAUGUACCUGGAGCAGCAGGUGCACUUCUACGAGAUGAUUGCGGAGAAGCUGAGGCAGGCCCUCGGCCGAUUUCCGGAAAUGUAG